AUGCCAACCCGCGAAUUCCAAGAGUUCACUCUCGACGCCAAUCAUCCUAUGGCAACCUUGGACUAUAAAACUCACGCAGCGGGCAUACCGUUAUUUGAGAUUGCUUCUCUAUCUGGCCCUUGUCAGAUUGAGAUGAAGUACAGCGAGCAGUUCUCAGGUCUCUACGAAUCAUUUAGUGAUGGACCAAGCACUUUUGUGUCAAGCCUCGCGAAUUCUUAUCGCAUCGAGACUUUCAAUGUAUCCAGUCCUGGACAUAGACGGUCAACAUUGAUUCAAGGAGGACAACGCUGGCAGACGGUGCACCUGAUAACGAAUGGGACUGUGACAAUCCGAUCUGUAUCUUUUGAGCCAACCGUCGCUCAUAAGAACAUUUCACGGCUUCCGGGAACAUUCAAGUCUUCAAACGCUCUAUAUGAUAAUAUAUGGAAUCUGGGUGCUCGCGCCGUGUCCCUUGCAUGUUUUGAUGCAGAGACACAGAAGUCGAUAUGGGAUGUUUCCGGUAACGGUGCACUGGUCACAAGCAGCGUACCAAGCUAUACAGCAGAGGCCUACAACUUCACCGAAUAUACUCUUGAAUUCGAUGCGAAAGUCUUAAGAGGUGGCAUUCAGUGGUCCGUGGGGUAUAAUUUCGGCAUCCGCUCACGGGGGGCAAUCCAAUUGAACCUGGCAGGUAAUUAUCCUGUUGAGACCACUUUUGCAAACACCAACAAAACACUAUUUCCACCAUCAACGAUUGUCAUGGGCUAUGGCGUGGCAUUUGUGAAUCAAACGACCCUGACAUCUUAUGUUCUCGAUACAUUCCCCGUUACAUUUGACGUCCAAGAAGGAGUCUGGUAUCGCAUCUCAAGCACUGUCCAAGCUGGACGAUUGGCUGUGUCAAUUCACAAUCAUACCAUUUUUAAUGUCUCUUUGAGCAACUACUACGUUGGUAGUGGCCGUUCAAUCUCAACUGAUGGGUCAUUUGGAUUUGGCGCUUGGCAGGACCAGUCCGGUCUAAUCCGCAAUGUCGUUGCCCUUGAUACAACGGGAAGACCGAUCUACAAAAAUCCCCUCACAAAUGCUUCACGGGUCCUAUCCGAGUAUGGUGUGGGUAAUAACUUUUAUUCCACCUGUGUUGAUGGUGCCCGAAGAGACCGACUGGUAUGGCUGGGAGAUUUUCUCCACACAGUGCGGAUUGUCGGGGUCACAACUGGCCGAACAGAUCACAUACGAGGAACUUUUUCUCAACUCUUCGUUUAUCAGCUCGCAACUGGCCAGCUUCCGAUGGCACCGUCUCUUGGGUACUCACCACUCAUUGUUCCAAAAACCUUCGCAGUUGGCGGUAACCUUGGUUCUGGCAUCUAUCUUUUGCCAGACUACCAUAUCUUGGCCCUCAUAUCUUUCGUAUCUUACAUGGAAUCCUGGAAUGAUAUUCAGUUCGCAAAGGAGAAUUGGGUUUCUUUACAGAAUGCUGUGAAAUGGUUAUCUGCCCAACUCAACAAUCAGACUGGCUUGAUCGAUUUUUCGAGCUAUGUGAACGCUUUUCUGGGCCCAACUGAUGGAAUUGCUGUCAACGCAGCUGCAGUUGAAGCUUUCAGCGGUAUGUCCUCUGUAGCAGCUGCUGUGGGGGAUAAUUCUUCUGCUGCUAGAUGGACAGCUAUGUCGGCAUCAUUGAAGACUGCAAUCAAUGCGAACCUGUGGAAUAAAGAAUUAGGAGUCUACUCAUUAGCUCCUUCUAACCCGAAUGAUUUCUCCGUUUCUGGAAUAGCAUUUGCAAUUUCUUCCGGUGUUGCCAACAAGUCUCAGGCUCUUUCUUCUCUUGAACAUAUCUCUACUUUGAGACUUGGACCAGGCUAUCGAGACGCUAGUACGGUCAAACCAAACGACACAAGUGCAAAUUUGUCUCCUAACACUAAUGGAUUUCUGCUUCCGGCAUUGAUUCGGCUGGGGAAAUCCGAAGAAGCACGCUUCCUUCUAGAGAAUCUUUGGGGUGCCAUGGUAUCCAAUAAUGCCACUUACUCAGGUGCAAGCUGGGAGUAUGUGAACCAGGAAAGCAAUCCAGGUUUAGGCCAGUAUACUUCACUCAGUCACCCAUGGGGUGGUGCUGCUACAUACGCUUUGACCCAAAAUGUGAUGGGAAUAAGGCCAACCGAAUUUGGCUACAAAUCAUGGAUCGUUGAACCGGCAUAUGUGGGAUUUGGGUUGGAUGAGGUCGAAUCAACUGUUCCUACCCCGUAUGGCGAUAUCAAAGUAGGGUUAGAGUCCAAUCUCCAGCAGGAACACAAGGUAGGAUAUUACUGCGAAAAUUUUGGGUCUGUCCAGAACUGA